CUUGGGAAUUCUUCCGGGAUUUAUUUUAUCAACAUGGCUGCUUCGUAAAGCAACUUGUAUGUUUCCGUUAACUACUGUCACGCAUUUUAUUGAUAGUUGUAGGUAAAUAUUUGCACUUAAACUAUUAGAGUAAGCAGUAGAUUGUCAGUCAGUAUGUUUCAGGUUAUUACCAGAAGUACCCCGGUAAUCCGUCUUCUCGCCCCCCGUGGAGCCGUGCUUGUGGAGGCUGUCCGGGGUAGGAAGACCCGCACCGACCCAAAGGCCAAAUCCAAAGAGGGGCGCAUCAAAACGCCACCUCCCGUCGACCCGGUGGAGAUGGUGGUCCUCAGGGAGAGAUUCACAGAAUAUGACCUGCUCAUGAGGGCGCUGAGGCUGGAGUUCAAGGAGGAGAUGCUGAGGAAGAGGUAUGAAGAGGAGGUGGGCUCCCUGGCGGAGGAGAGGGCGAAGCAGGAGGCGGAGGAGCACCGCUCCCUCAUGACCUGGAACCAGGAGGAGAAUCUCCGCAUGCUCAAGAUCAGGGAACUGAGAGUUCAGAAAGAGGUGGAAGCUGCUGAGGUCAAGAAGACAGAGGCAGCCAUUCUGCGAGAGCAGGCCAUGGAAAGCUUUGUUAAAGAGAAGGGAGAGGAGAUAAUGCGGAUUCAGGAGGAGGCCAAGAGCUUCAUCAACCUGGAGAACCUGGACCAGCGUAUUGAGGAAGCCCUGGACAACCCUAAGAACUAUAACUUUGCCAUCGACAAAGAUGGCCGCGUGGUGAAGAGGACUGUGCUGCAGUGAGAGAGACUGAGGAUGACUGGACGUGUAGAGUGAAGUUGCCCCCUAGACUCUGAUCUGGAUUCAGUUUAUCCCCCCCCACUAUGGUUCAGGUUAGGAUUGUGGGAAUGGAAGCUGAUUCUGGAUCUGUACCUAAGGGAAACUUCACCUCGGAGCCUUUGCCAGAGGCCUCAGAGGAGACUGGCAAGAUAGUGAGCUCGUUUGACAUUGUAUGCGGGUCACGACUGACUGAUCUACAAAUCACCUUGCAUCAUAAAUAACUAUUCAUUAUUAUUUGUAGAUCAGUCAGUCCGUCACAAUGCUAUGGAACACAGGCAGUGUGGCCAUUUCUCAUUUGGGGAAAAAGCCCGUCCUCCACCCUCUCUCCUCUGUGACCCCGGAAACCGUUGAGAUAUUGAGAUGUCGAUUUGUUAGUAGGCAAACAGAAGAGGCCUCCUCCCCUCCUCGAUAACCACUUUUUAUUGAUUAUAGGCAUGUGUAUCCUACCGGAGUCCUUCACUGAACAGUUGUGAUAUCCGCCCACUUGGAAACAGCUGUUGUUUUGUCAGUGGAGAAAAGCAUGAACAUGUUUAAAAACAAUAUGCUCAUUUAUCUAGAAAAUGUCUUGCUCAACCAUGAUGUGGUUAGCUGGGGUGUAGUCAUUUGUCCAAGCCCUAGCAAAUUGUGGCGUUUAUGUUAGUAAUGGGGGGGGGGGGGGGGGGUGGAAUCGAUAGUUAGUUAUCGCAAUGUUAUUUUUGACGAUAUUACACAGUGUACAAAACAUUAGGAACACCUACUCUUUCAUUGACAGACUGACCAGGUGAAUCCAGAUGAAAGCUAUGAUCCCUAAUUGAGGUCACUUGUUAAAUCCACUUCAAUCAGUGUAGAU